AUGCGUCUUCACCUGAUUAUCUCGCGGCACGGCUUGCCCGCUACGCGUGUCCUGUGGACGACCACCGCCGCCGCGACAGGAGAAUAUGGUUCUCACCGUGCUGCUCCAACUUCCGCGAUCGCUUCAUCUCGUACCCCGAAUAUCGCAUUCGCAAAUGGUGGAUACACAAUUGCUCAAUUACUCGAGGAUGUGAAUGAGGUUGUACCACUUGAGACAGAACCGAGUGUUUUUGACCCGGAAUUCAGUGGCCAGUGGGGCUUGGAAGAUUAUGUGGUGGAGGUUUGCGGAUCAGAAUGUUUGCAUUUUAUGGAAGUUGAGGGUCUGCUUCGAGAUGGGGAUGAAGUUGUUAUCCGAGCUUUACAACUUGCGGAUUUGCGCGCAAGACGACUUUGUGGUCGUCACCAGAUUGCUUCUGAUGGUAAACAUCUUAUUGAUGGCGUUCCGUUCGGGUUACCAUUUAAGCAACGAAAUACCUCGAAUCGACCUGCUAUUACAAUUCCGCCAAGAAAGAAAAGACGGACAGUGUUCUCGGGCUGGGACCAAGAUGCAGGAUAUGCAUUCGAGGAUCGCAAUGCUAUUGAAGAAGAAGAAGGCGAUGGAGAUUGGCUCCCACCUACUGAUAAUGGGUUUGGUAAGGAGCUUUCUAUCCUGCCUACCGAGCAUGAUAUGUCCAUGGGUACGGUUAUUAGACACCCGGUGGAUCAUUCUGCGGACGAAGAUAGUGACGACGACAUGGAUGUGUAUGAGCCAGAAGAGGAGGAGUUGGAGAGUGAACUCAAGGCUUUGAAAGAAGACUUUGAGGAGCCCGCUUCUCAGCUGCUUGAUAUCCCAAACCAGGUCCAACGGCUCAGUGAUUCUUCUGUCCGACGUCCUACAUCUGCUGGUAACAGACCAGGUUCGGCUGGUACGCUGAGCAGAGGAUCAGUAGUUGGUGCCUCAUCUUUGUCUAGUAAACGUUCUCGUGUGGACGAUUCUUCCCCUCGAACUUCUAAGGCUGUAAGAUUUAACAAGGAAAAUGAGUCACCACUACCACCACAGCAUCCUCCAACGAUUCGUGAAUCGCUUGAUAAAUUGCUUCCUGAAAGAUUUGAAGCUCAAAGAGCUCAAGCUGAAGUCGAUGAUCGCUCUUCUGAUGCAUCCUUUUCGGACUCUGAUUCAGAUUCCGACUCUGAGUCCGACUCUAGUUCUGAAUCAUCAGAUAACUCCUCGUCUGAAGAAGAGGAAUCAUUUGCGGGGCAACAAGUAGAUUCACCUGACUCCGGCUCAUCUGACGAUUCAAGCUCUGAAAGUGACAGCUCUUCUGAUGAAAGUUCCCCACCUCAAAAAACCCGAAGUUCACUCAUGGCUCCUCCCGGGCAAGGUUCCGUACGAACGAAGAAGAGUAACAAUCGUUUCAAACUUCGUCGUCGUCUCUCGAAACUGAAAGAGAUCGGUGUGCUCCCCGCUGAGGCAGACUUUGCCGCGCUUCGCUCAUGGGAAGACAAAAAUGGUGGCUGGCAUUACCCUGAAGAAUCAAGCAUCAUUUCAACCUCAGUGAGCAAAGCCCCAGAAAUCAAAGCAGAUAAGAAAGCCCAGGAACAACGUGAAUUUGAGAAAAGACGACAAAAGCUUCUCGAUGAUCUCGCUUCUGGGGGCGUUGAUGUAGAAGGUGGAUCUGAAAAAGAAAACGCCCCACCACGUCUAUCUACCGUCUCCGAACCUGCUGUCUCAGAGGAGACUAAGGUUGAGACUCCAGAAACAGAAAAAGCUCACCGCCGUACAUUGGAUGUUGCAAGCUCACGCCGACUCCUUUUCGGAUCACUUGGAAUUCGCACACCAAGGACUAAGGAAGAUGAAGAGGAAACUCGCAGAAAGCUUGCCGCCCAAGCCAGCAAAGUGAACCAUAAAAGCAAAACACCUGCCGAGAAACUGGUUGUUCAAGAAGAAACAGAAGAGAGCCAUAGCGAUCCCAACUGGCAACAGAAGCUCAUCAUCAGGGCUACCGAGUGUAUUCUUCCGGACAUCCAGUUGACUUCACCUCCAUUUCCAUUUGUGAAUCGUUGGGAUAAAGACGCGGAUGCUAUAAUUCGUGAGCAAUUGGGCUGGGGCAAAAAGCGAAAGCGAAAGCAGAGAAUCCAAGUCUACGAGGGCUACGAUGAGUAUGAUGGCUACGAGGAGGACGGUUACGAUGGAUACCAGGAGGACGGCUAUGAUGGCAAUGAGGACACUACUUACUACGAGGAGGAGCAGUUCAACUAUGACGAAGAAGCUGGCAAUCAUGACCAAGAACAAGCUGAAACAGACCAUGUCCACCCUGAACGACGUGUUGCUGUCCACGAAAAUGACCUUCCUAUGCUCCCAGCAGACCCAAGCUCUCUUCCUGACUUGCUUGAAUGCGAAGCGAAGCCGGGAGCCAUUAUCGCUUUCCGUCAACUUGACAUGUCCAAGGAAACCAACUGGCAACCUCGCAUGUCUGAGUACAGAGUAGCCGAGGUACACAAAGUUGAGGACAGUACCAUCCACGUUCUACUAGCUAUUCGGGAUCGCAGAGUUAAACAACCCCCAUCCGACCCGGAAAACGACGGACCUCGCAUGUACAGUGGCUUUGAAAUGCCAGGUUUCGAUGACGAUGACGAGGAUGACGAUGGAUACCGAGAUCUUACCUUUGCGGAGCUUAGCGACACCAAACUUCUAAAGCCUGCGCCAUGGGUUGUCGACGAUUCGGAUAGCAAUGUGAAGGAGACGGGCAAGAGCAAUGCUCAAGAAGGUAGCAUGUCAGUGAAUUGA